GGUAUAUUCAAUGCAAGGUCGUUGUAAAUGUGCUCAGCUAGUUUUCCGUGUUCUUCCAAUUUCAAUAUUUCUGUCGAUUUUACUUUAGGUUUUUUUGACACUAAGAUGGUGUGGUGUUUUCCGGUGUCAUUAUGUGGGAUCUGUACGACUAUAUUUUGUAGUUGUUGGUAACUUACGUGCUUAUAUGGCUCAAAAAUGAUUAAUAAACCGAAUAUUUCCAUUGAUAAUUCAUGCUGUCCAUCACUCGAAGAACAGCGGAGGAGAUUCGAAAGUACUCAGCUAAAAUUACAAAUGCUAUCACGAAAAACAGAAGAAAUUCAUAUUGAUGACUAUAUUAAGAAGCUUGCAAUGGACAAUUCUUUUAUUACAAACAAACAUGUUGAUACUUCAUCUGUUUCCAAGGCCAAAGCAAAUUUACCUGGACCUAUUCAUGCUCGCAUUUCUACUCAAACUCUGCCUAGUCGUACUGGUAACUUCUCAGACCAGAUCUCUGGUGUAUCUCCAACUGAGCCAGUGUAUGAAAACUCAUCGCAUUUACUUGAUUUCCCAGAGGUUGGGUAUAUGAAUACUGCAAACUCAUUCUCAGCAGCCACUUCUUUAAGGAAACCUUCUUGGUUGAUGGAUCUCUCUUCUUUGCCACCAAUUUAUGGCAGUGCUAUUCGUGCUGCUACAACGAGUCAUGGUCUUGACAGUUCAAUAAUUUACGAGAUAUUUCGAUCGUCCAAUUUGAGCACAGAAGCAUUGUAUCAUAUUUGGUCACUUACAAGCUGCACUCAACCUGGUUGGUUUACACUGACUGAGUUAGUGACUGCCUUAGCUUUAAUUGGCCUUACGCAACGUAAGCAAUGGGAAUCCCAAUCACGCGCCCUUUCUGAGACUAUUACUAUCCAAUCACUGUACGAGCAAAUAUGUCCACCUGUCCCUAUGAUACAAAUCCCUAACUCCAGUAGGCCGUUUAAUUCUACAGACAUUAUAUUUGGACAGGAGUCAGUUGGCUAUGAAAAUCCCCCAACUAGUUUUCGAGGUUCAGCAGUCACAGAUUUUUCAAAGUUUGAAUUUCAGCCUCCCACCGUAGCCUUUUCUGCAUUUUCCGACCGUUUGGAUUCUGGUUCUUGUCACCAAUUCGCUCAGUCAUUUACAGACUCCAGUACAUUAAAUGAUUCAGUUUCCAAGAUAACAGAUCCUUUCAUGCAUUUCAUUUCAUCAGGAACCUUAUCCACAGACGAUCCUGAGUGGUCUGACUUCACUUCCUGUAAUACUUCUAUUAAACAACCAGAGCGUGAUAAUAAUAAAAAUAUCCCGAAAAGUUAUACUGAGGCUGGUGUUAAUGAACAGAAAAUAUCAACUAUAAGUGCUCGCAAUUGCUUAUUAGAUGAAGAGUUUGGAGAUUUUCAAACUAGUCAUUCCAUUGGUGACACAAAGCCUAUCGAAAUUCUUGGUGAAUUUCUUACCUCAAAUUCAUCAGCUACAGAGAGUAAUAAAACUGUAUUAAAAUUACCAUUGCAGGAAAAUGUUUAUGAUGACGAACAGCAUAAGAUCAAUUCUAUGGAAUGUUUAUGCGAACAAUGGCUUCGUUGUUUAACUGAUUGCCUGAAAGUAUUUAAUGAUUCAUUGUCAGUUUUAUCUUCUCUUGAAAAUAUGAAAGAUCAGUUGGAAUUUGCAGAAAGUGACGAAGGAUGUGAUUUUUUAUUGGAUGCCACUGAAGUUUAUUUGAUGACAAGACGCAUUAGCAUUUCAGCCAAAAAGUAUAAUAUAAUUAAUCGAUCUAUGCAUCAACUAUUUUCAGAUAUUGAAAAUUCAUUUCGGAAAUUGUCGUCGUAUGCUGUUGCAACUGAUGUAAAGGGUAAAGUUGAUCAGGCUUUAAAGUCGGUUUCAACAUCAGAAAGUGAAUAUGUAAUUCAAGAUUUUAUGAAUUCAACCUCGUUCUCAUAUUGUGGAGUUUGCCUUUCAUCAAUCAACUUAUUUAAUGUUCAGUGUAAUAAUAAUAAUGAUAGUAAUGAUUCAUCUAGUUUUUCUGAACAUUAUUCAGCAUUUAUUAAUCUAGCUGGUUGUUACUAUCAUAUAUCAUGUGCUAAUUUCUGGAUAAAUCGUGUUGAUCCAUGUUUACCUGCGCUUAAAAUACCAUUAUAA